AUGAGUAUGGGAAACAGAGGAGGGAAGAAAGCCUCAAUGGCUUUCCUUAUUUCUGCUAGUGCUCUUCUAGUAGUAAUGGUUUCUUUGAGUUUUCCUCUUCUUGCUAAUGCAAAUCAUUUUUAUGAAUUUUCUCCACCACCACCAUCUUCUCCUCCCCCAACUCCUGUUUACUACAAGUAUAAAUCUCCACCACCACUACUUGUGCACCCACCUCCAUCACCACCGCACUACAAGUCCCCACCACCUCAGUCUCCACCACCACCACACAAGCCAUACUAUGUACCACCAACCCCUGGAAAGCCGUACAAACAUUCUCCACCGCCAACACCAAAGAAGCCAUAUUAUGUGCCUCCAACACCUAUCCCUGGGAAGCCGUACAAGCAAUCUCCACCACCACCAAAGAAGUCAUAUUAUGUGCCACCUACACCAGGGAAGCCGUACAAGCAAUCUCCACCACCACCAAAGAAGCCAUAUUAUGUGCCACCAACACCACCUACAUCUGGGAAGCCAUAUAAGCAAACUCCACCACCACCAAAGAAGCCAUCCUAUGUGCCACCAACACCACCUACACCUGGGCAGCCAUAUAAGCAAUCUCCACCACCACCAAAGAAGCCAUCUUAUGUGCCACCAACACCACCUACACCUGGGAAGCCAUAUAAGCAAUCUCCACCACCACCAAUGAAGCCAUCAUAUGUGCCACCAACACCACCUACACCUAGGAAGCCAUAUAAGCAAUUUCCACCACCACCAAUGAAGCCAUCCUAUGUGCCACCAACACCACCUACACCUGGGAAGCCAUAUAAGCAGUCUCCACCUCCACCACACAAGCCAUCCUACGUACCACCAACACCGCCAACCCCUGGCAAGCCGUAUAAGAAAUCUCCACCGUCACCAAAGAAGCCAUACUAUGUGCCACCAACACCACCCACUCCUGUGAAGCCGUAUAAGCAUUCUCCCCCAUCACCAAAAAAGUCAUAUAAUGUGCCACCAACACCACAUACUCCAGGGAAGCCCCAUAAGCAUUCUCCACCAUCACCAAAGAAGCCAUCCUAUGUGCCACCAACACCUACCCUUGGGAAGCCAUAUAAGCAAUCUCCACCGCCACCAAAGAAGCCAUACUAUGUCCCACCCACCCCACCUACUCAAGGGAAGCCGGUGAGCGAUAUGAGAAACUCCCACCUUAUAUUAUCGCAUAUGCUUGUCUUUUCACAUUUUGCUUUGCCGACAAUUUUCCGGAAUUCCGUCUUCCCUUGUUUACGCGUAUCUUUUUAA